AUGGUUGAGGGAGCGAACAUGCAAGUAGCGGCGAUGAUCAGAUCUUUUCGAUCGAUUAACCCAGAUGGAAAGGCGGAGAAUGACUACCAAGAAUUGUUCAAGCAAGCAAGCAACAACUUAGAAAGACGAGUGCGCAGCCAUCGUCCCCGGAAGCUGUUUGAUUGCGAUAAUCUAUAUGAUCCUCCCAACAGGUUGGAACAUACUAUCCUGCCGGCGUUGAAAGGAAAGCUACGGUCGUUAUCACUUGCUCUGAAUGAAUCGGACUUGCAAUCAAGUCAGUCGAAAUCCUGGUAUGAUAGAGUUUUCGACCACUUAAUAGAAAUCGAAGACCUCUUGGAACAGACAGAUAUUUCUGUUAUAUCCACUUGGAGGGGCUUAGAGCCCAUCCAAAAAUUCCCAAUCAUCGUCAAUCCUCCUUUCAGAGUCGAAAAACUUUUAAGUCUAGUCGAAGAUCUGUUCGAACACGAACUUCGUCAAUUGUUUCAGGAGUGCCAAAACUUUUUCGAUCAUCUUGACAGUCUUUCAAGCCCAUCGACCAGAGAUCCACCAACUGCCGCACAAGGAAACCUUGUCGAACAAAAGACAGUUGUGUCUGUUCGAGCGAUUGAUUAUAUCGUCCAAUCUUUCCGAAAACCUUCGUUGGUGCUGGCAAAGGAACGAUGGCACGACUUGGCCACAGGUUUCGAUUAUUUCUUUGAAUUCCCUCCGGAAAGAGCAAGCUUGUAUUUGGUUCAGCCCCAUUGGCCCCUCCCAAUGAAAGAGGUAUAUAUACACAGGAACCUGAUAACAAUGAUGACAUUUCCAGCCGCAAUUCCAAUCAUCAAAUUAUGUCGGACGUAUUUCAACAAACUUGUGCGAUCGGCCAGCAGUCACUCAUUGAUUUUUACUUCUCCAUCCAUGAAUAUGGAAGAGGAGCGACUGAUGGAGUUGAUAGAACAAACGAUGAAUUUUAAACAACAUACAUAUACUUUCUUGGGGUCGUUUCAAUGCUACUCGCCUUCACUCGAAAAAGCUUUGGACGAAACAAAUUGUUUCGAAAGUGCGUUUGACGGAUUAACAUCGCCCAUCUUAGAGGACUAUUGGGACUCGUUGUUAGCAAUUCAAGAUCCACGUGUGGAUCAACAAGCGAUUGCCGAUGCUCGACGAUGGCUCAAAUCUUGGAAGUCCCUGUUUUCUCUCGCCGUUCAAAAUUUUGCGGAAGUUAUUCGAGAGUUAAUUUGA